AUGUAUUCCGCAAUAGUGGCGUCUUUAUGUUUCUGUGUGUUGACACCAUUGUCUGCACUUCCUGUUGGCUGUACUUACGAUUCAACACAAAUUCUUUAUACUUGUAGUGCAAGAAGUUGGUCUCUGCCUUUGGCCUACGCUGACUUUGACAGCGUAGAACCACAGCGAAUAGUUUUGGAAGAACUAUCCGGAACAAUAGCAGCAAAUACGUUUUCCGGAUUCACGAGUAUCAACACAGGAAACUUCGAUUCAAAAUAUGUUCCAAGUCUUUAUAUGAUAUGUUAUGCAAACUCUGAUAUUAUUCUAGAUAGUGCUGCUUUUACUGAUUUCUCCUUUAUUGACGAGGUUAAGAUUAUCGAUUGUGGAUUACUAUCGAUUCCAUCGGACGUUUUUUCCGGAUUUGGCGAUGUUAAUUUGUUUCAUAUCACCGGUGGAUCCAUAACUAACAUGCAUCCUGAUGGUUUCAAGGGACUAAAUGUGAAAAAGAUGACCCAAUACAGUGAACCACUCGGAGAAUUCGCCAUCAUAAACUCACAGGUAGUAGGUAGCACAAUGGCAACCGGGGCUCUGUUUAAUUUGCUUGAAGUGGAACGAGUGCGCCUUGAACGUGCACAUUUAAUGGUGCUGCAUGCCGACAUGUUUUCUGCUCUAAAAAAGCUGAAGUACAUCUCUCUAAAUGACAACAUAAUGACUAAACUAGAGACUAAUAUGUUUACAGGCCUAGAUGCAUUGUCUCAAGUGGAUUUGUAUGGAAUCAGCUGGUUCUGCACAUGCGGGUAUCUCUGGUUUAUAGAGUAUUCCAAAGAAAAUAACAUUACCAUUGGCGGGGAUAUCGUUUGCCAAGACCCAGCUGAUUAUUUAAAUAAGAGAGCUACAACAUACUACCAGAGCACGUGUGUCGAGUAUAUCGUAUGUGAUGGUCAGAUCGGUAUAGCGAUGGGAGGAAAUUGUAUGACACUGGUACACAUGCUGACCUAUGGCUUCACACUGAUUGUUUGUAUUUUAUCAUGUGUAGCAUUCGGUUUGACUGUCCAUUCAUACAGGAAAGCGAAAGCUGCCGGGCUGCUUGAAAAGAACGAAGAACCCAGACAAGGCCGGAAGUUAAGUGGUUCUACUUGGAACAAGAUCGAUGAUGAUGGAUCAAAGAGGAAAUCCAACAGGGAUCCAAACAGGAGACGGAGUGAAAAUCAAUCAGAACGAAGGCAUGACCGACGAACACGCGAACCGUCUGAUCCCUCAGAACGAAGAGUAUCACAGAAUAUCCUUAGAUCACCUAGGUCGGAUCCGUCGAUCCAUAAUUUUGAUUUUUAGCUCUAUCUUAAAAAUUUAACAACUGAAUACAGAUAAUACUUGGAAUUUGAAGCUUGAUAUUUAGCUACGCUAAAACCUUUGUUUUAUUUAGUUAAUGCAUAUAAACUAUGUUCGUUUCAGUAAAUAUUUAUAAAUCUAUUACGAAUCAUAUGGCAUUGCGUUCUUU